UUUAAGAGGCAGCUGGCUGUCGGUUGCCAUGGGGACCAGUAGAUACAUUCUGGAGGACCGGCAGCAUGAAGGGCAGAGGCGCCAAAAGUCCGGAGCCGGAGGUGUCCGAGGAACCACAGUUGCCCGCGCCUGAAGCCAAUUAUGCAGCCUUGCAAUUUCUAUCUUCAAUCAGUAAAGAAGAAAUUCAAUUGCUCUAUUUUUCCGAGACUCUGAACAUGAUAUCUGAGACUAACCAGACUCUAGGGGAAUAUACUCUGGACGUACAGCAAGCCUAUUACCAGAACUCUGAGGGGGACCUGAUGCUCAGUGCCCUAGUGCAUGCCACGAGCCGAGGUCAGCUGGAGGAAAUCCCCUGUGGGACUUCUAUCUCAGGUUAUCUCUCCUGGAAUUUGGCAACAUAUGAGCAGCACCAUCAUGAAUUCAUUAAGUUCCUACCCCUGCCUAUUGACAGGAAGACUACAUUAUUGAUGGAGCAGGAAGACAUGCUGGUGACUAGGAUCCUCAAGGAAGGUGAGGAUAUAAAGACGGAAAAGAUGUCGUUCAGUCUGAGUAUGAUGGAUGGGUUCAUCUCAGAGUCUGCCAACCUGGUCCUGCUAAGAGUGAUGGGAUGGCGACGGAAGGUUCCCCUCAAUGCCAAAUUCCUGACCCUUGAUGAAGAAGGAAAGCUCUGCCAUUCCACCUAUGAAGCCCUGGGCUUUCAAACCAUUCAAUUCGGCUCUGAGAAGGCUGAAGCAAUGGUGGUAGAACAGACAAUGCAUUCCAACGAAGACAUCCCCAUGACAUGGCAGUACUACCUGUUACCUGACGGGCACCUGGCCAAGAGAAUCCAGGUGGGUUCCCCCUUCUGCUGCAUCAUCAACAAGAUGCCCAUAAUAAGAGAGGAGGAUGAGCCUGAAUCCAAACUAGUGUUUGAAAAGAAACACCUGGAUUGGGAAGAGGAUCUUCAGCUCUCUGCCAUUUACCGGGAUCGGAAGGAGGAGCUCCAGGCCAGCCAUACCACUUACAUGCGCCAUCACCCAGAGGCCCAGACCCUCAUCUCAGACUUCUUACUCUUCCUGUUGCUCCGCCAGCCUUCUAACGUGGUAACCUUUGCUGCCGAGUACUUUGGUCCCUUUGCCCGAGGCCGGCCACCACUUCCCCCGUUCAGGUCCUCUUGCCGGCCCAGCCCUUUCCGAAGCAUUCGAGGCCUCUGUGUCGCACACAUUGUGCUAGAGGAGAUGUCAGAGCAGUCAUCAGAGGAUAAAGCUGAAGAGAUUUCCUGCCACAGGCAGAGUCCUGAGACCUAAACAGCCUGUCACAGAGGUACCUCCAAGCAGAACACCCUGAGACCUGAAGGACUCAAGGGGCCAGAGACCCUGAAAACACAAGAAAGGGAAGGGGAAGAGGGUGGACAAGAGAAAGGGUAGGUUUUUCUCCAAUAUCAGGUGUCAUUAGGAAGCCAGAAAUAAGAAUAAACAAGAGACUCUGUAAACCUC